AUGACCCCACUUAAAACUACGUCAGCUCUGAUUGACAACUCCUGGCAAGUAAUUAUCAUCUCCGUCAGCCAAUCAGAUCUCUGCGUGCAACUAGGUCACGUUAAACGGAAGCGAAAAAAUUGGGUCAAGUCGCAGAAGCGUGAAGAUGGAAUGAAUGAAUGCGUCAAAAUGAGGGAGAGGUCAUUUUGGAUGAGUUUGAUUGAUGGAUGGAAGGAAUCGGUCAUCAUUACCAUUGAAGUAUCAUCAUCAGUAACGAUGUUGGGUGAUGGCUGGAUAACAUUCCGUGCAUACGAUCCUGACAUUGUAUCCAGGUCUUUUGAAUGGUUGGCGCCCACUUUCAAACGUGUAUCCAUCCUUUUUAAGACGAAAUCUGCGGAAGGCAUACUGCUUCACAGUUUAAGCUCGCUACCGUUGGUCAGUUAUCUGGCCGUAUCAUUAUUCGGCGCGUCCGUUCAUGUGUCCAUGUUGUUUGCUGAAAAAUUCGAGUAUGACGAAAUACAGGAUCUUGUUUUUACUGGACCCUAUGAUGACGAUAGGUGGCACAACUUCACACUGACAAAAAUCGCUCCGACCGCUUAUCGCAUCCACGUUGAUGAUGUCACGAAGAUGAUGACGUCGUCGUCGUCUCUCGAUCACGUGAUCAUCCUCCCUCCAUUCAUCCAUCUUGGUGGAAUUGAUAGAGAGAGCGGGUACAUGGGUCUGAAAAGUGCACUGAACUUUGUUGGAUGCUUAAAUGACGUCACCAUUAACGAUUACGACGUGUUGACAUAUCUGUGGAGCGUCAAUGAUGAUGAUGAUGACCUGGCGUUGCUGGGUGAGAAGCUGAUGCUGACGGCCAGAGAUAAGGACUCAAUAGUGACGAAACAUUCGUUAGGUGGCAAAAUCUCCGACGGAUUCUGGCAUACAAUCAAGCUGAAACUACUGGCCAACAAAAUAAAGUUAAAGCUGGACAAUUCGACUCGAUCAUUUAUUCACGGCAAGACACAAAAUGGAGGCACGAAGGGAAGCAGUAGAAGACAGGAAAAUGAUACCAUGGAUGACGUCAUCAUCGACAACAUCAACUACGACAACAAGGUUGACCACACGAGCGCAAACUUAUGCUUCUUGGGCUCGUCACCAGAUGAUAAAAAUACAGUUUCAUUCCGAGGUCACAUAAAUGACGUCAGCAUUCAAGGCCACACGUACGACAAGAUCAAUGUUGUUCUCAGCCAAUCAGAAAGCGGGAUUUUAUUGGGUCACUGCGAGGAGCGUUUUGAUUGGCCGUGCGAUGAAUCUGACGUCCCAUACCACGUGUUCGAAGGUGACGUAACAAAUAUUAAUGAUGGUAAAAUAAAAGGUAGCAAUGGUAAUCGAAACAACGAAGAUGCUGAUGAAAUAGAGAGAGGCCAAGAUGAAACGAUAUCAUCAUCAUUACUGCUUCCAUCGCCAUCCUCACCAUCUUUAUCACAAUCAUCGUCGUCGUCAUCUUCUGCAGCAAACUUUUCAAUUAGCAACAAAACCAAAUCAGGAACACACAUUAAACAACAACACAUAACUCAAAAAAUCACAGAAAACCUUCUCCCAUUCACGCUUCCAUCAAAGAAACCAUCGACAGUGGUUGGCAUCGCUGCCACCAUUUUCACCAGCGUCAUCAUCGUCAGCAUUCUAGUAGCUUCCAUUUCAAUAAAAAUAGUUCUCCUGAGACGGAAAAAUAUUCAGCGCUAUAAAAAUUUAUCCAAACGUAUUCCACACAUCCCUAUGACGUCAGCAAUUGGCCAGGACAACUUUACUUACGACAACAGCAGUAAUGAUGACGAAGAUGACGACAACGAUGACGGUGAUCACGUCUACCUCCACGCAGGCUUCAGACGCUACAACUCAAAAGUUCUGUACAAUCACCUCAGUGACGUCAUCGUCAACAACAUCAACAACAACAACAACAAAAACAACAACAACAACAUCAACAAAAACAUGUUGCCAAACAACGAAGAGUUAAACAACGACACCGUGUUUAGUCGGGGUUUCGUUCAAAUAAAAAGUGCGAGAUAUAAUACAACUAAACGAAAUAACAGCAAGAAUAACAACAAUAACAUUAAUAUUAAUAACAACAACAACAGCAGCAACAAAACAAAUAACGAUAAUAAAAAUAUUAUUAAUACAAUUAAUAAUAAAAGUAACUUAAACAAAAACCACACCGCUAAUGGCAGCAGUGUAAACUGGACCAAUCAGAGAAACAGAAAAAAUGAGUCUGCCAGAAGUGCAAAACAACAAAAACAAUAA